CCUUGGAUAGAAAGCGGGCGCAUGGUCGGAUUGUUUCAUUACCCUGUAAACAGACAAAUGGCGAUCCGGCCGGCGUCUCUUUUAUUGCCAUCGCUUCUUACGGCAGCAGAGAGGCAAUCUUAUAAAGUUUUAAAGGGGAAUCCAAAUAAAAGUAGUAUAAGACACUUGGCGUCCUGUGGCAUCCCGGCCGUCCGACAGACCGGCCCCCACCCCGCCUUCCCGGACGCCCCCCCCAGCGUGCCCGCUCGUGGCUUUAUCAGCCUCGCUGCCCCUCUUGUCGCGCGCAAGGUGGAGUAUGCAGAGAGCCGCGCGCUCAGAUACACUCCCGAGCAGAUGUAUGAUGUGGUGGCCUGUGUGGACCAAUACCAGCAAUUCGUUCCAUGGUGCAAAAAAUCGAGGGUCAUGACGGUGUGCGACGGCCGUAUGCGGGCACAGCUGGAAAUUGGCUUCCCCCCCGUGGUGGAGCGGUACACCUCCGAAGUCACGCUGGUGCCCAACCACCUGAUCAGGGCGGUGUGCAAGGACACCUCCCUCUUCCACCACCUUGAGACGGUGUGGAGCUUCAGGCCCGGGACCCCAAAGCAGCCUUGUCCAUGCAGGGUGGAUUUUUACGUGUCCUUUGAGUUCAAGUCCUUGCUGCACUGUCAGCUGUCGAUGGUGUUCUUCAACGAGGUGGUGAAGCAGAUGAUCUGCGCUUUCGAGAGCCAGGCCUUCAAGUUAUACGGGCGCCACGGCCCAAUCCAGGAAGUGCCAGUAAGAAGCCUGUGCUGUGAAAACACUGCCGUCCCCGAAAUGUCUCCGUCCUCCUAAGUCCACGGACCCCUUUUGUCUCCACCUGUGGUGCUACUGUGAAGAAACAGCUUCUUCAGUUUUUAAUUCGUCCACAUUCGUCUGUUGGACCUUAACUGCAAGAAUUAAAUUUAUUUAUUUUAAGAUAAUAUUUUAAUAAAAAAAAAUGUUUUAUAGGAUUAUUUGAACAAACUAUGUAGCCUUUCGAAUUUUGUGUGUGUUUAUGUGUAUGUAUGGGUAGGAGAGAGAGAAUGAAAUACAAGUAUUAGAAGUCACUAAAAUUAAAGGUGAUAUUUUUA